CCUGGACAUACAUGUUUGCAUGUGUGUGCGUGCAGUUUUGUCUGCGCGCGCGCAACCCGGGUGGUGGGAGGGAGAGCGGCUGGAGAGAGUGUGUGUUGGUGGGGAAGAGUCGGCGCUGGCAAGCAGGAUGCGCUGAGCAUUACCCAGUUGCCAUAGAAACCAGCAGAAGGAGGUGGGCGGCCGGUCGAGGAGGGGGAGCGAUUUGCCCGCAGUCGUCGCGAAGCUGCUGCUGCUGGAGUCGGAGCUUCGCCAGAGGAAGCAAACCUCGCGCGCUCGCCGCGGUUCAGGUGGGAGAGGAAUUUGAACUCCCUUUCCUCCCCCGCCCUCCUGCACGCGCGCGCGCGCACACACACAGUAACACACACACACCGCUGUGGCUGCUCAGCCUUUCUCGAGGGGUCUUGCAAGGGAGCCUUCCCGGACAGUCUGCUAAGCCUCCCGCGCUAAGCAGCGGCCGGAACUGCGCAGACAAAGGGGCAGAGAAGGCAGACUGGGAUUGUGAAGGGAAAGGCAGACAGAACUGAGACACAGCAGAAGGUGCAUGAGGUCUGCAGAGUGGCUGAACAUUUUGCCAUAAACCCCAAGGGCCGCAAACCAUGUCAGGCUCCUAUGAUGAGUCUGCGGCAUCUGCUGAGGAAAUAACUGACAGUUUCUGGGAGGUAGGGAACUACAAACGGACGGUGAAACGGAUUGAUGAUGGUUAUCGGCUGUGCAAUGACCUGAUGAACUGUGUCCAUGAGCGGGCCAAGAUUGAGAAGGCAUAUUCCCAGCAGCUGGUUGAUUGGUCCAAACGGUGGAGGCAGCUAAUAGAGAAAGGCCCACAGUACGGCAGUUUGGAGAAAGCGUGGAUGGCCAUAAUGACAGAGGCGGACAAGGUGAGCGAGCUGCAUCAGGAAGUGAAGAAUAGCUUGUUGAACGACGACUUCGAGAAGGUGAAGAACUGGCAGAAGGAUGCCUUCCACAAACAGAUCAUGGGAGGCUUCAAGGAGGCCAAGGAAGCAGAGGAUGGUUUUCGGAAAGCACAGAAACCCUGGGCCAAGAAGAUGAAGGAGCUGGAAACAGCCAAGAAAGCGUAUCACCUGGCAUGCAAAGAGGAGAAGCUCGCCAUGACCCGAGAAGCCAACAGCAAAGCUGAGCAGUCCAUCACUCCAGAUCAGCAAAAGAAGCUGCAAGACAAAGUGGAAAAAUGCAAGCAGGAUGUGCAAAAGACCCAGGAGAAGUAUGAGAAGGUGGUGGAUGAGCUUAGUAAGUGUACCCCACAGUACAUGGAAAGUAUGGAGCAGGUCUUUGAGCAGUGCCAGCAAUUCGAAGAGAAGAGACUCAUCUUCCUGAAGGAGGUGCUGUUGGACAUCAAGCGGCACCUGAACCUGGCAGAGAACAACAGCAGUUAUGCUAAGGUGUACCGUGAGCUGGAGCAGACCAUCCGCGCAGCCGAUGCGCAAGAAGACCUACGGUGGUUCCGCAACACUAGUGGCCCAGGAAUGCCCAUGAACUGGCCUCAGGUAGAGGAGUGGAACCCAGAUGCAGCAGCACAGCCAGUAGCAAGGAAAGAGAAACCUCAAAAAAAGAAUGAAACAAGCAACGCAUCCAAUGCCAGUGGGGGUGGGGAGGCAGCAGCACAAGCUGGGGACCGUGGCAGCGUGAGCAGCUAUGAACGCAGCCAAGCCUACGCUGCUGAGUGGUCAGACGAUGAGGGCGGCAACACCUACAACUCCAGCGAAGCCAAUGGUGGUGCCAACUCCUUUGAGGAAGAGCCAGCUGCGAAAGGCGUGCGUGUACGAGCUCUGUAUGACUAUGACGGGCAGGAGCAGGACGAGCUGAGUUUCAAAGCAGGUGAUGAAUUAACCAAAUUAGGUGAAGAAGAUGAACAAGGCUGGUGCAAAGGGCGUCUGGACAACGGGCAACUGGGUCUUUAUCCAGCUAACUACGUGGAGUCUAUCUAGUUUUAUCGUGUUCUCCUCACUGCUGUCAGAAAAACAAACCAACCCGCUGUCAUCGCCUAUCUCUCUAUUCCAGCCAAGUAGCCAUCUUGCCGUCCCGUCACCCACGCAGCACAGUUAGAAAUAUCCAAACAUAUUUUCCGACCAAUCUUAUUUUUUUAAUAGACAUUUCUGAAGAGUAUUUUGUGAUCGCUUUAAUCUUUUUAUUUUCUUCCUUUCUGUUUGAGAUAAUGAGAUACGAAAAGGUCGACACUGUCUCUGGAGGUGUUCCUUAAUAAGUGAAAGUCAGGACCUCAAGCCCUUAAAACCUGACCAACAAGGCUUCUGAUUGGUUGGUUUUUAAGGUUAAUGUAUUUGUGAUCUAUCCUGCAAUUGGCCUGAACAAUUCUGAAAUGCUGGGGCCAUUAAAUCCACUUCACCCUCUCUGAAUAGAUUGAACAAGUAAAAAAUAAGGAGGAUUUGUUAUUUGA